GCCUGGGCCGUGUCCACUCGUCCCACUGCGAUGCUUGGCAGAGUGGCGUCGGCUACGUGCGCUCACUGCUGACUGCAGACGAAUACUGGAAUUUCCAACACAAUCUAAUCGCGAGUCGACCGACGUCUGCGAGUGCAAGGGCUACUGCUACAUCUCUGUUGUGCAUUCACUCCUCUCCACUACUCGCACCACACACACACCAUGGCCCUCGACACCCCACUGGCGGCCGACACGCCCAUCGCUUCCCUGCCCGAGACGCUCGUUGUUGGCGUGCUGGCUCUGCAGGGCGCCUUCGCGGAGCACAUCCACUAUCUCGAGAGCGUCCGGGUCAAGGGACACACCGUCAAGGCCAUUGCCGUGCGCACGCCCGAGGAGCUGGCCACCUGCCACGCCCUCGUCAUCCCAGGCGGCGAGUCAACGGCCAUCACGCGCGUGGCCGCGCGCACGGCCGGCCUCCUCCCCCUCCUGCAGGCGUUCGUCGCCGACCCCGAGAGGCCAGUGUACGGCACGUGCGCGGGCAUGAUCCUCAUGGCGGACGCGGACGGCGUCGGGGGCGGCAAGCGCAAGGGCGACGGCGCGGCGUGGGGCGGCAUGCAGGGGCUGCGCGUUUGGCGCAACUUGUACGGUGGCCAGCUCGAAUCCUUCGAGCAGGAAAUCUCCAUCCCAGCCCUCGCCAACCCCGAACGGCCCUUCAACGCAAUCUUCAUCCGCGCGCCGGCGGUCCACUCGCUCGUCGCGUCGCCAAACUACACCACCGAGGUGAUUGCCUCGCUGCCUGCUGAGCGCGUGCCCGCCCCGCCUCCGGCCGACAGCGCGCUCGGCGCGCCCGACGUCGAGGCGACGCCGUACGUCAUGCUCCGCCAGGGCCGCAAGCUCGUCACUUCGUUCCACCCCGAGUUGAGCGGAGACGCACGCGUGCACCAGUACUGGAUCGAGUCGUGCGUCCUUGGGCGAUAGUGGCGCCAUGGACACACUGUCCUCCGCCUCGACGAGGCUGAGGCUCGGCUCGGCUGGGCUCGUGACUCGGCGGCUUGACUUUACUUGCAUCUUGGGACAUCUGCAUAAUCCCACCCACCCCACUCGACAUGUCUAGAUUGAUGCAUAGAGCGUGCGUAGGUAUGAUGGAAUAUGUAAACUUCAGCAUUGAACCAUCAAUGUUCAUGAGGUCCACCGCACAAGACAAGAACAAACUACUAAAAUUCCAAGAAUCUACUCGAGCCACGGAGGCAGCGCGUCAGGAAGAGGGCGGCACGUGCGCGACCUCUCAAGCUCGAGCGCGUACAACAGGCUCUCUCGAGAAGCCGAAGGCCGGCCUUGCUUGUCGCACACUGUGCCGAGCGUGUACCACGCCUCGGGGACGUCCCAUCCGCGGUCCUGGGUCAACUGCGACAGCAGCGAAUGGGCGAGAUCGACAUCACCCUGCCCGAGGUACAGGCGUGCCAGCAUCACCACGGCUGGAGGGUGGUCCGGGCGGAGCAGCAGCGACUUGGUGAACGCAGCGAGCGCCUGCGACGGCUUGCCGUCCGGGUCGACAUGGCCGCAUGCCUGGUGGAACAUGCCAAGCUGGACCCAAACAUUUGGGUUGUCCGGUGCAAUCGUCUCGGCCUCCUCAAUAGCAACCAAUGCCUGUUCGGGCUUUCCAGAACGUCGGAACGAAGCCGCCGACAUGAGCCACAGGUCGGAAAGAAUACGAGCCUCGGUGGGGGAACGCGGCGUAGCGUUCUUGGCAGGGGGUGGAGGUGGUGGAGCAAUGGAGCGUGCGCCACGGAAGUGCGAAUGAACAGCAGUCGGGGCGAUCGACAAAGCGAUCGUCGAUGCCGAUGGCGUUCGUGCACGGUGCUGGGGCUGGAGUGCCAGGCUUGGGGUGCUCGCGGCCCGCAAAGUCUCCGAUCGACCGUCCGACCGGCCGUUGCCGCUACGCACCACAGAAGGCACAUGCAGGUGCUUGUUGAGAAGACUCCUCCUGUGCGCAAGCAUGGCGCGGCGUGGUCCGAGCCUCCGGUUGCCAUCAUCCAGCGAAAGGUCAGAGAAGUCGCUCUGUUUACGAGGAGUAUUCGAGUUGGAGGUAGGCGGACCAGUCACCGUGCCUGUACUGCUGGCGGCGCCACUCGCAGUUGACUGGGCUUGUGAUGCGGCUGGCGUGGGCGAAGGCGGCGACACGUGCACAUCAGUGAUCGGCGUGAUCACGUAGCUUCCUCCAAGGUCGUACGGCACCAUGCUGCUGUCACUUGCGCGGCCCGAGACAGGUCUGUCCGUCACCCUCGUUGAGAAGGUGUCCGAUCGCUUGCGAGCGGUGUUGCCAGAACGCUCCGCCUCGGAGCGCUGGGAGAAGAAGCUAAAGAGUUGGGUUUGGCGCUCGAGAGCGACGUCCGGGCCGUACAGCUUCUCGGCGAUCACGUUCAGGGUCAUGCGGAGCUGAAUAACGGCCUCCAGCCUCUGGGCCUUGUCCACUCGUGGAGAUGGCGACGAGGUAGCAACCGAGUUCUCCCCAGAAGAGAGGAGUAGAGGUCGUGCGCCGUUCGCUUCCGAAUCGCUUUCCACCUCAUCUGUGGUAUCGUCCGACUCCCAGAGCGCCACACCGGUUUCACCAGCCUUCUCUGCUCCCUUCCAGUUGUUGGCUGCGGUCAGGAGGAGCGUAAGAAGGUGCCAGCCGCGAACAUUGUGGGGGUCGAGCUCAAGCGAAGUACGAAUGGCCUCAGUAGCUGGGGCAAUCUCACGGGCAAUGGCAUGGCCGUAGGCGAGGUGGAAGAAUGCGCUCGCCGCCGAAGGGUCCAGGGUGACAGCGGCGCGGAGGUGGCUCAGCGCCUGGACCUGGAACAGGGGACGCUCCUUGCGAGUAGCCACUAGACGUCAGCAAACUUCGAC